CUCGUGGCUAAAACAUACUGUGUAGUUUACUGUAUGGACUCCUCUAUUAUCACCACACUAUCCCCACUAGUUCCAAGUCAUAUAAGUCAAACCCACCCCCCUGUCCGUCAAUAUCUAAUAGUCCGUCGAUACUAUAAUACCGUCUCCGAUACUCCGUGCGGAUCACAGGAGUUGCAGGAAGUGCACUUUCAUAGAGGAAAGAGAAAAUCACGUCGUGUCGAUAUCCUUGAGGAAAAAGAAAUCGAAGCUCAGAACUUCCCUCCAUCCCUUUCUAAUUAUCAAUAUGGUUUUUUCCUUUUGCUUCUCCCUUUUCUCUUCCAAUUGCUAAUGAGCGUAUUUCCGGUAGUUAACACUAGAUCGAUGAGUUGGCAGAGUAAGAUUUGGUAGUUGUUCGUUAGACUUGCAGGCGAUGCAGCUCUACACCAAUC